AUGAGGAAUAUAGAAACUGUUGCCAUCUUAUUCUCAACAACUUUAGUGUGGCUGCAACUGACACUGGGCUGUUACCAAUUUCCUGCAGAUAUUAAGGACCCCUGCGAAACCAAAGAUUGCCGCCGGGGAUCUAAAUGCAGACCGUCACUUGAUGGCCGGACAGCAGAAUGCGUAUGUCCAGAAAAGUGUGCAACUUAUGGAGACAGCAGAGGUUCUCGUCCUGUUUGUGGAAGUGACGGCAGGGAUUACUCCAAUGUGUGUGAACUAGAAAGGACAGCUUGUAAAGAGAUGAAAGAAAUUUCUAUUAAAUACCAAGGACACUGUGGUUUGACAAAUUUAAGCACAAAAUUCAUUUUAUUACAAGCUGGUAAUUAG